GCCGGGCGGUGCGCGGGCGGUGUGCCCGCGGCGGGCUCCGUCGGGACCGGCGCUGCGGGGCUGGCAGGGCCCGGGGGGCUUGGCGCGGGCCGCCAUGGACCCCAGGCAGGGCUGUUCCUUCACCAGAUACCACAUCCAACCCAGUCAAGGCUAUGAGCACAGCAGGCACAGAUGGCAGCAGCCACAGCCAGGAUCUUACUCGAAUAGUUUCCGGCUCCAGCAAAUAGAGUUUCUCAAGGGACAGCUUCCAGAAGCACCUUUGAUUGGAAGGCAGACAUCAUCACUACCCCCCUUCCUCCCAGGAUUCUGGCCAAGGUUUCCAGGACCAUCUGCCCCAGGCAGGCACCAAGAGAUCUGGGGUGUCCCCAGGGGUGAACAUCUCAGAAGUCAGGGGCUCCACAUAAGACCCCAGCUUCCUUUGCCAUGUGGUGGGGUUUUGCCACCUACAGGUGUUGAGAGGCUCUCCUCACACUUCCAGGAGCUGAACAUCAGCCAGGAUCAAGAGCAAAGGAUCCUAAAGCUCUUGAAAGAGAAGGCUACCACAGUGCAUGAGCUGGCCAGGAAGCUCAGGGCCCAGAAGAAGGAAGUCAGUCGAGUUUUAUACUCUCUAGCAAAGAAGGGUAAGCUGCAGAAAGGGACAGGAACACCCCCUUUGUGGAGCAUCACAACCUCAUUUCAGGCCCAGGACCAGCCCAACAGCGUAGUGAAUCCAGACAAUCAAAGCCAGGGUGCCCCAGACUCAGAGCCCAGUUUGAAAGCUGAAGAGGAAGACCCCACAUCUGACUUAGAAGAUCCUCCCGAGCCUUUUGAUAUGGCUGAGAUCAAAGAGAAAAUCUGCAACUACCUGUUCAAUGUGCCUAACUCCUCUGCACUGAAUGUGGCUAGAAGUAUUGGCUUCAGUAAGGCCCGAGAUGUGAAUACUGUGCUGAUUGACUUGGAAAGGCAGGGUGAUGUCUACAGGCAAGGGGCAACCCCUCCCAUUUGGUACUUGACAGACAAGAAACGAGAGAGGAUGCAAAUAAAGAGAAAUACACACAGUGUUCCUGCAGCUACUCCAGCUGCUGUCCCUGAGACCCAAAGAAACAUGGCACUCUCCACCUGUCACUUACCCCCAUCAAAUAAGAUGGUGACCACAGCAAAAAUGGAGAAUGGGCAGGGACCUGUCAUAAGGUUUGAAAGCAGGAAGGAAGGCAGACCAAUGAGACUGAAACCACCUGUCUAUCACAAUGGCCCAUCAAGAGCAGGGUAUGUUGACUUUGAAAAUGGCCAGUGGGCCACAGAUGACAUCCCAGAUGACUUGAAUAGCAUCCGUGCAGGUGAGUUUCGAGCCAUCAUGGAGAUGCCCUCCUUCUACAGCCCUGGCUUGCCACGGUGUUCACCCUACAAGAAACUGACAGAGUGCCAGCUGAAGAACCCCAUCAGCGGGCUAUUAGAGUAUGCCCAGUUCGCUAGUCAGACCUGUGAGUUCAACCUGAUAGAUCAGAGUGGACCACCUCACGAACCUCGAUUUAAAUUCCAAGUUGUCAUCAGUGGCCGAGAGUUCCCUCCAGCCGAAGCUGGUAGCAAGAAAGUGGCCAAGCAGGAUGCAGCACUGAAAGCCAUGACAAUUCUGCUUCGAGAAGCCAAAGCUAAGGACGGUGGAAACCUGGAAGACUUGUCCUGCUGCUCCUUGGAGGAUGAGUUGGAGAAGACAGAAGAGCCAGAGGCCUCCACCCCUUCAGCCACAUCCUUAUUCUCUGGGAAGAGCCCUGUCACCACAUUGCUUGAGUGUAUGCACAAACUGGGGAACUCCUGUGAAUUCCGUCUCCUGUCUAAAGAAGGCCCUGCCCAUGACCCCAAAUUCCAGUACUGUGUUGCUGUGGGAGCACAAACUUUUCCCACAGUGAGUGCUCCCAGCAAGAAGGUGGCAAAGCAGAUGGCUGCCGAGGAAGCCAUGAAGGCUCUGCAUGAGGAAGCAACCAACAUGGUUGAUAACCAGUCUGGAGAGAUGGAAUCACUUGAUAACUUGGAGCCCAAUAAGAUCGGGAGGAUUGGGGAGCUGGUCAGAUACCUGAACACCAACCCUGUGGGCGGCCUGUUGGAAUACGCUCGCUCCCACGGUUUUGCUGCUGAGUUCAAGUUGGUCGACCAAUCUGGACCUCCUCAUGAACCCAAGUUCGUUUAUCAAGCAAAAGUUGGAGGCCGCUGGUUUCCGGCCGUCUGUGCACACAGCAAGAAGCAAGGCAAGCAGGAAGCAGCAGAUGCGGCCCUCCGGGUCUUGAUUGGGGAGAACGAGAAGGCAGAGCGCAUGGGUUUCACAGAGGUAACCCCAGUGACAGGGGCCAGUCUCAGAAGAACUAUGCUCCUCCUCUCCAGGUCCCCAGAUGCACAUCCAAAGACACUGCCUCUCAGUGGCAGUACUUUCCAUGACCAGAUAGCUAUGCUGAGCCACCAGUGCUUCAAUGCGCUCACCAACAGUUUCCAGCCCUCUUUGCUGGGCCGCAAGAUCCUGGCUGCCAUCAUUAUGAAGAGAGACGCUGAGGACAUGGGUGUUGUGGUCAGCUUGGGGACAGGGAAUCGCUGUGUGAAAGGAGACUCUCUCAGCCUAAAGGGAGAAACUGUCAAUGACUGUCAUGCUGAAAUCAUCUCCCGGAGAGGCUUCAUCAGGUUUCUCUACAGUGAGCUAAUGAAACACAACCAUCGUACUGCAAAGGAUAGCAUAUUUGAGCUUGCUAGGGGAGGAGAGAAGCUCCAGAUAAAAAAGACUGUUUCGUUCCAUCUCUAUAUCAGCACUGCUCCAUGUGGCGAUGGGGCCCUCUUCGACAAGUCUUGUAGCGACCGCGCUGUGGAAAGCACAGAUUCCCGCCACUACCCUGUCUUUGAGAAUCCCAAACAAGGCAAGCUCCGCACCAAGGUGGAGAAUGGGGAAGGCACGAUCCCUGUAGAGUCCAGUGACAUUGUACCCACUUGGGAUGGCAUUCGACUUGGAGAGAGGCUCCGAACCAUGUCCUGUAGUGACAAAAUCCUACGCUGGAAUAUUCUGGGUCUUCAAGGGGCACUGUUGACCCACUUCCUACAGCCUGUGUAUCUCAAAUCUGUCACAUUGGGUUACCUAUUCAGCCAAGGGCAUCUGACCCGUGCUAUUUGCUGUCGUGUGACGAGAGACGGGAAAUCAUUUGAGCACGGACUACGAUAUCCCUUUACUGUCAACCAUCCCAAGGUUGGUCGAGUCACUGUGUAUGAUUCCAAAAGACAAUCUGGGAAGACAAAGGAGACAAGUGUCAACUGGUGUUUGGCUGAUGGCUUUGACCUUGAGAUCCUGGAUGGUACCAGAGGCACCGUGGAUGGACCAGGGAAUGAAUUGUCACGGUUGUCCAAAAAGAACAUUUUCCUUCAAUUUAAGAAGCUCUGCUCCUUCCGUUACCGCAGGGAUUUACUGAAACUCUCCUAUGGGGAGGCCAAGAAAGCUGCCCGUGACUAUGAGACAGCCAAGAAUUACUUCAAGAAAAGCCUGAGGGAUAUGGGCUAUGGGAACUGGAUAAGCAAACCACAGGAGGAAAAGAACUUUUACCUCUGUCCAGUACCCAAUGACUGAUUGCGUGGGCAUUUCCCACGGGGUGGGAGGGUGGUCCAUUGCAUUCCUCAUCACAUUGAUCAGGGGUCUAGGGGACUUUUUAACCCCUUUUUAUUUUAAUGGAACCAUAAUUGGUGGUUCUGAGAACUCUUGAGUUCCCAUUUAUCCUGCUUUCUUUGGGAGUUUUAGGUUGGGCCAGGCCAGGCCCCCUUCUCUUUUCCUGAGUAAAGAGCCAGAGAUCUAAAGGAAGAGAAAAGGGUUUAUCUUUUCACCCAAAUCAUAAGCAGUCACUGAGCACCUACAGCCAUUUCCUCUUAAGUUUCGUUGUGUUUUCGGUUUUUUUCCAUUUCCUUUUUCUUUGUUUGCCACACUGACCUGUUGUAGACUUGAAUAGGUUCCAGGCAGUUCUUCUUGAAUCAUGUCAGGGACUAAUGACUUCAUUUAUGGAUUCUGCAGGCCCCUCAACUUCCCUUCCGUUCUGGGGUUCCUUCCUGUGGUCAUGAUCAUUAUGCCUCUCCUUCCCCACCCCAGAGUACUGAGACAUGAACCUAAGGAAUUUGGUGAAACAUUUACAAGGGCAGGAGUUGAAACUGCCCUCAGUUAAUUACCAGUGCCGAUGGAAGUGU